UUUAAAGAUCCAGUCAGGGUUACUUUUGUUCCAUUGCAUUGGAAGAGUAUUGCUCUUGAGAUUUUGCCUUCUUUCUCUGACGGAACCUGAUCAGUCUAGUUCUUUUGUGUUGGAGAAUCUUACGGGAAACGGAUUAUGAGUGGCGCCGUAUGCUUGUUGACAUGUCUAUUUUGAUCCUAUCAGUCAUGUAAUAAUAGAAACUUGUUGGUUCUGGAUGCAGGGAAUGGGAGAUUUCUUGAGUGAAAUGGCGGCUAUGAUGAAUCAAUCUAAGCCUAAUGAGAAUGACACAGGGGACGGUUUUGAACAACUACAAGAUCUGUUUAAUGAGAUGUUUCAAGGAGACGCUGCUGCAUUCUCAUCGUCAUCUUCAUCAUCUUGCUCCACUUCAACGUUCACUUCGUCUUGUAGUUUUGUAUUUGAUACAGACACGCAGCGGUCAUCGUCAUUUCAGACAAGUUCAAUGAGGAUGAGUGAUCCUUUUGGAUUUGACCCCAGAGCUCAUCAUACCUUCUCUUUAGGGGUUGACCAUCAGCAGGAUUUCAAGAAAGGGAAGAACAAUGGCGGAAGGAGGAACAACAGAAGGAAGAACAAUGUUCCAUCGGCUGGUCACGAGACGUCGUCGAACAACUAUGGAGUCCCCACCUCAUAGGCAGACACUUCACUCCAUAUUUUUUGCUAACUCAUCUCUUCACAUUUGUCGACUGGUCACGCAGACAAGAUGAUUGGUUCUUGUCUUGUCAACGAGGAUAUUUAAAAAAAAACUCAAAAAGCGUCCUCGUUUUGUUAACUACUACCCAACUCCCUCUCUCGAAGCUUUUUUUCUUUGUUUCUCUCUGCUUUUGUCAUUGGAUUGUUUUCUGCUAAGAUCAUUGAGAUCAAUGAAAUCAAGUGAUUUGUGCUGAGACCACAGACACAUGGUCCUCCUAAAUUCUUAUAGCCAUUGAUUUUUUUUCAGCAUUUAAUAAUAUAAAGAGAUGCAUUAUUAGUU